AUGGGACAGGAUUGGGUCAUGGACUGGCAAUUUGAGGUAUCGGCUAUCCUCAGAGAGACGCCCGAGCUGGAGUUCAGCUUGCGAAGAGAUCUUCUGUUUGCGCGGCACGGCUUCGCAAUGCCCUUUCCGCUUCGCGAGGACUUUCUGGAUCAUCUUGAAGAGUCCCGGCAUUUGCCCAUAUGGGUUCACUGGGACAGUUGGCAGAAACUCUUGUCUGGGCCUUCCGAUAAUCUAGAGGGUUUCUGGGAACGGGAGAAUGAGCUGAUCUGCGUGCGCGGUGACCUGGUGCACUGGCUGACAAUCGAAGGCCAGCCUCGGGCAGUGCAGCAGACGGGCAACGGAAGGUACUCCAUCGGCCUCGGCGACGGUACGUCGUGUGCUGCUUGGCUUGAAGACGGCUUACUUCGCUGGGAUGACGGAGAUGUUUGGCAUCGGCCAGCAGCUUCCAGAUUGGCGGCCGUGACGCGUUCUCUGGAGCCCUGGCCUCUGUGCGUCUUACUGCGCUCUCUGGCGGACUCUCGCGACUUCAGCGCUUCGGUUCUGGAAAAUCGAUAUGUGCAGCUGAGAAGGCAUCCGACGUCGGAGUCCGGGCGGCUGGCUGAGAGCUAUGCUCUCUUGUUGAAGCUCGUCCCGGUAGAUGUUGGCCUCCGAGAGCGCUUCCUGACAGCCGUGGCUCAGCUUCCCAGGCUCGUAGAGCAAAGGAGGCGGCGGUACACUCCAGAAUUGAUUCGGCAGAGCUUCCAUGUUCUACACGUUGGCCACAGCUUCCUUCACCUGCAUUCUGCCGUGUUGCCAGAUGGGGAGCAAGCGAUUAUGGGAUUCCUCCAGCGCUGCACUUCGAUGGACUUGUUCCGACGGGUUCUGUGCAACGACAUUGCACAACUCCACCCGGAAGACUUGUUGGAGGACUUAUUCACGAUGCCGCCGAGUUCCCUGGCACAGCUCCUGCCACUGGCCCACUUCGAUGCGGUGGUGAUCCGGAACUGCCCCGUGCAAUUAAGCACACUUGCCCUCCAGAACUUCGCCUCCAUGCUAAGAGAUGGCGGCGUGCUGAUUGCUUUUCCUGCUUACCUCGAUGUACAUGCGGAAGUUCCGCAAUCCUUGAAUUCGUGCUGGCUGGAGCCGUCGGCCAGCGAGGAAGGGGCCCUGCUCUUCGGCGAUCUCAACGGCGCUGUUUGGAAAAUUGGACUGCUGCAGCAUGCUUGUCCGCUGGAUUGUCGUUUCUUUAAGUGCUUGCUGGAGUCCGAGACGUGCAGUGUCAACCUCCGAAAAAGGCAGAAGGAGCGAGAGCAUGACAGCGACUUGCAAGCGCUGUUGCGUGUCGCCGGGCGCAGCGGCUUCAGCGAGGCCUUGCGAGAUUCAGAUCUCGGCCGGCAAACACGGGCGGGCCAGCGGUGCGGGGAGCUUGAGACGGAAGAUGGGGGAGACAGAGAGUUAGAUGGACGAGGUGAUUUGUUGUUGGGUGGAUCCCGUGAGUUGCACGUGCUGAAGUAUGCGUUUGCCUCGCAGUGCAGAGACGUGGGACCAGCUGUACCCGAGAUCGAGACUCCGCCAAUUGCGGAGACCAGCUUGGACGUUACCGCACCAGCCACUCUCAGCCUGGGUCUUACUAUAGACGUGGCGGAAUUGCUAGUCAUGGUUAUUGUCACAGGAGUCUUCGCUACUCUGCCGUGUCUCGUCCUCGCCCGCUCCAGAGGCUCCGUCAAGCUGUGGACUUGGCGGAGCGGCCCUGAGCAACUCGGCGGAGGCUCGCUGCCCCCGGCUCUUGCAGUUCUCAUGGCCUGCGGCGAACAGUCUGCAAAGGAACUGGGCAGGCGGAUCACCCUGUCUUGGAGUGCCGAAGGGCUGAAGGGGGCUGUUUGCCUCACUCAUGCGCAAGGCUGGGUGCAUCAGUUUGUGAUCACCCAUGAAUUGCCAACGGGUGGCGAGCCACGGGAGCAGCUGCGGAUGCUGUCGGCAGAGUGCAAGGAGGCCUCGCCCCUGGCAGCGGCACAACUUGCCGAGUCUGCGCUCCCAGGAGAACGAGGGAGCCCGGAGCCUCCGGAAAGCUGGAUCCUGUCCUUGGAGGGUGUGCUGUCCUCGUUGCACCGCCAGCAGCUUCUGGUUGUCUUUCAGCUUCGGACUGGAACUGAGGAGCCCGUGCUCGGCCUCGCCUCCGAAGCCUCGGAUGAGCUCAAGCGCCCUGGCCCUCUGAAGGCCCUCCACAAAGUGGCAGCCUUGGCCUGGCGCUCCACGCAGCUCUCCGUGAAGGGUCCGGACGGUUCUCGCGUCUUGGGAAUUACCGCGGUGGCACAGCCCUCGCCUGAGACGAGGGAUUUCCAGAGGGGGAGGACUCGCGGAAAGAUGUUGAUGUUUGAAGCCACGAGGAAUCUUUGCACAGAAUUUAUCAAGGUGGAAGGAUAUCUAGGAAAAAUUGUGGUGGAACUUCAGAGUGAGGGCUUUCCUGUGGCCUUUGGUGGCGUGGUGCCAGAUGAUCCCAUAGCUCCAGAAUGGAUGGUGAAGGCCCGUGCCACGGCGUCAGUGGUCGGGGUUAGGUUGGGCCUUUGGUGGCAUGCCUCUGGAGCUGUGCUUACCCGUCUUGUCAAGCCAGUGGAAGUGCGUCAAUAG